AUGGCGACGUCAAUAGAAGGCGGAAAAGGAUCUGUCUACGACUAUCAGAUCCUUGAAAAAAUAGGUAAAGGCUCUUAUGGUGUCGUUUACAAGGCGAUUAAUAAUAAAACAGGCAGAGUUGUCGCUCUCAAAUCCAAUGAAGUCCAAAAUGCUGACGAAUGGAUGACCCAAAUGGCCGAAAUCAACAACGUCAUUGAUUUACACCACGAUACAGUUGUUAAUUACUAUAAUUGGUUUUUCGAAGAUGAGAAACUUUACUUAGAAAUGGAAUAUUGCGACGGUGGUUCUAUUUCCGAUACCAUGUCACUUCUCAAGAGACCAUUAACAGAGCUUGAAGCCGCUGCUGUUCUCAAGAGUGUUGUUGACUCAAUUGCUUAUGUCCACGGAUUAAGACGUAUCCACCGUGAUAUCAAAGCAGGAAACUUACUUAUUACAUCAGAGGGUAUUGUCAAGCUUUGCGACUUCGGUGUAUCUGCACAGCUCGAUGAUUACCGUAUGAAAACCGGUACAAUUGUUGGUUCUCCAUAUUGGAUGGCUCCAGAAAUUAUGUCACAGAACGGCUAUGAUACCAAGGUCGAUAUUUGGUCCAUUGGCAUCACUGCAAUCGAAAUCGUUGUCGGUAGCCCUCCAUUAACACAGUACAACCCAACAUAUGUUAUUACUCAGAUCCCACUUCUUCCACCACCAGAAGCCCCAGCUAACUUUUCACCUCUCUUCAAGGCAUUCGUCAAGAGAUGCCUUAUCAAGGAUCCCGCCCUCAGACCACCGAUUACAGAGCUCAUCAACGAUCCAUUCCUUGCACAGAUCUCAGACCAGAAGUCCAAGGAAAUCAUCCAGGACCUCUACGUUGCCUAUCGCCAGGCAAAGGACAAACUGAAGGCCGAGCAGGAGAACGAGUACUCCUAUGAGGAAGAGGAAGUCUACGAAGAGGAAGAGGAAGACGAUGAUGGCGACUACUUGGCUGAUGACAACGCAUGCGCCACAGUCCUCUUCUCCGGCAAUGACGGAACAUUCAUCCCACAGGGCACAUUUAUUUCAGAUGAUACUUACAACGGAGGAACAUUCAUCUCCUCUCAGAAUAACGACGGAACAAUGAUCGCUACUCCGGCCAAACAGGAGUCCCAGCUCGCUGGUUACAAGUUAGACUUCGGACCAGGACUAGCUGCUCCUCAGACGUCCAACAAGUCGUUCCAGGCAGCUCAGAAGCGCCAAUUCGGUCACUUUAGCGUGGAUAACCUUAAGUAUACAAUCAAGAAAGUGUACGAACUCGCCCAGAAGAACUUAGCUGAAGGAAAGGUCCCAACAAAUGUCGUUAACUCAAACUAUAACGAACUACGUUCAAAGAUCAUCGACGAACUUCAGAAGAAGGGUGAGAAGGUGCCAGAUGAUUUCUAUGUGCUCUAG